UUUCCCCUGCCCCCGGAUGUCGUGUUCUUCUGCCAGCCAGAGGGCUGCCUGAGUGUGCGACAACGGCGCAUGAGCCUGCGUGAGGACACCUCUUUUGUCUUCACUCUCACCGACAAGGACACCGGAGUCACGCGUUAUGGCAUCUGUGUUAACUUCUACCGCUCCUUCCAAAAGCGCGUGCCUAAGGAAAAGGGGGAGGCCGGGGCAGGGUCCCGUGGGAAGGAAGGACCCCAUGCCACCUGCAUCUCAGAAGAGGUUGGCCCCGAGAGCUCGGAGAGCGGCCCGUCCCUGCAUCCUCCCAGUGCUGACUCUACCCCAGAAGUGAACCAGUCUCCUCGGGGCAAACGCCGGGCCAAGGUGGAGAGCCGUUCCCGCAACAGCACUCUGACGUCCCUGUGUGUGCUCAGCCAUUACCCCUUCUUCUCCACCUUCCGAGAGUGUCUGUACACCCUCAAACGUCUGGUGGACUGCUGUAGUGAGCGACUGCUGGGCAAGAAGCUGGGCAUCCCUCGAGGCAUACAAAGGGACACCAUGUGGCGCAUCUUUACUGGAUCGCUGUUAGUGGAGGAGAAGUCCAGUGCCCUUCUGCACGACCUUCGAGAGAUUGAGGCCUGGAUCUAUCGAUUGCUGCGCUCCCCAGUACCUGUCUCAGGGCAGAAGCGAGUGGACAUUGAGGUCCUGCCCCAGGAGCUCCAGCAAGCUCUGACUUUUGCUCUUCCAGACCCCUCUCGAUUCACCCUAGUGGAUUUCCCACUGCACCUUCCCUUGGAACUUCUGGGUGUGGAUGCCUGUCUUCAGGUGCUAGCCUGCAUCCUGUUAGAGCACAAGGUGGUGCUGCAGUCCCGAGACUACAACGCGCUCUCCAUGUCUGUGAUGGCAUUUGUGGCAAUGAUUUAUCCCUUGGAGUAUAUGUUUCCUGUUAUCCCACUGCUGCCCACCUGCAUGGCGUCUGCAGAACAGCUGCUGUUGGCUCCGACACCGUACAUCAUCGGGGUCCCUGCCAGCUUCUUCCUCUACAAACUGGACUUCAAAAUGCCUGAUGAUGUAUGGCUAGUGGAUCUGGACAGCAGUAGGGUGAUUGCCCCCACCAAUGCAGAAGUGCUACCUAUCCUUCCAGAACCAGAAUCAUUAGAGUUGAAAAAACAUUUAAAACAGGCCCUCGCCAGCAUGAGUCUCAACACCCAGCCCAUCCUCAACCUGGAGAAAUUCCACGAAGGCCAGGAGAUCCCCCUUCUCUUGGGAAGGCCUUCUAAUGACCUGCAGUCUACACCUUCCACUGAAUUCAACCCACUCAUCUAUGGCAACGAUGUGGAUUCUGUGGAUGUCGCAACCAGAGUGGCCAUGGUCCGUUUCUUCAACUCCCCCAACGUGCUGCAGGGCUUUCAGAUGCACACACGUACCCUGCGUCUCUUCCCCCGGCCCGUGGUAGCUUUCCAAGCUGGCUCCUUUCUAGCCUCACGUCCCCGGCAGACUCCUUUUGCUGAGAAACUGGCCAGGACUCAGGCUGUGGAGUACUUUGGAGAAUGGAUCCUCAACCCCACCAACUAUGCCUUUCAGCGGAUUCACAACAACACGUUUGAUCCAGCCCUGAUAGGCGACAAGCCGAAGUGGUACACCCACCAGCUGCAGCCCGUCCACUAUCGAGUGUAUGACAGCAGUUCCCAUCUGGCCGAGGCGCUGAGCGUGCCGCCAGAGCACGACUCUGACUCUGACCCUACUGAUGACAGCGGCAGUGAUAGUAUGGAUUAUGAUGACUCAAGCUCUUCUUACUCUUCCCUUGGUGACUUUGUCAGUGAGAUGAUGAAAUGUGACAUCAAUGGUGAUACUCCUAACAUGGAUCCUCUGACACACGCGGCACUGGGGGAUGCCAGUGAGGUAGCUAUUGAUGAGCUGCAGAGCCAGAAGGAAGCAGAGGAACCUGGCCCAGACAGCGAGAACUCUCAGGAAAACGCCCCUCUGCGUUCCAGCUCCAGCACCACCGCCAGCAGUAGCCCCAGCACCGUUAUCCAUGGAGCCAGUUCUGAACCUGCCGACUCAACGGAGAUGGAUGAUAAGGCAGCAGUAGGCGUCUCCAAGUCCCUACCCAGCGUGCCUCCCAGCAUUGGCAAAGCGAACGUGGACAGGCGUCAGACAGAAAUUGGAGAGGGGUCAGUGUGCCGGCGAACCUAUGACAAUCCAUACUUCGAGCCCCAGUAUGGCUUUCCCCCUGAGGAGGAGGAUGAUGAGCAGGGGGAAGGUUACACUCCCCGAUUGAGCCAACAUGUCAGUGGCAAUCGGGCUCAAAAGCUGCUGCGGCCCAACAGCUUGAAACUGGCAAGUGACUCAGAUGCAGAGUCAGACUCUCGAGCGAGCUCGCCCACCUCCACCGUCUCCAACAACAGCACUGAGGGCUUCGGGGGCAUCAUGUCUUUUGCCAGCAGCCUGUAUCGGAACCACAGUACGAGCUUCAGUCUUUCAAAUCUCACACUGCCUACCAAAGGAGCGCGAGAGAAAACCACGCCCUUCCCCAGUCUGAAAGUAUUUGGGCUAAAUACUCUAAUGGAGAUUGUUACUGAAGCCGGCCCCGGGAGUGGUGAAGGAAACAGGAGGGCCUUAGUGGACCAGAAGUCAUCGGUCAUUAAACACAGCCCAACAGUGAAAAGAGAGCCUCCGUCACCUCAGGGUCGAUCCAGCAAUUCUAGUGAGAACCAGCAGUUCCUGAAGGAGGUGGUGCACAGCGUGCUGGACGGCCAGGGAGUUGGCUGGCUCAACAUGAAGAAGGUGCGACGGCUGCUGGAGAGCGAGCAGCUGAGAGUCUUUGUCCUGAGCAAGCUGAACCGCACGGUGCAGUCAGAGGACGAGGCCCGGCAGGACAUCAUCCCAGAUGUGGAGAUCAGUCGGAAGGUGUACAAGGGCAUGUUAGACCUGCUCAAGUGCACGGUCCUCAGUCUGGAGCAGUCCUACGCCCACGCAGGUCUGGGUGGCAUGGCCAGCAUCUUUGCGCUUCUGGAGAUCGCCCAGACCCACUACUAUAGUAAAGAACCAGACAAGCGGAAGAGAAGUCCAACAGAGACUGUAAAUACACCAAUUGGCAAGGAUCCUGCCCUGGCUGGGCGGGGGGACCCAAAGGCCAUGGCACAGCUGAGAGUCCCCCAGCUGGGACCUCGGGCACCAAGUGCCUCAGGAAAGAGUCCCAAGGAACUGGACACCAGAAGUCUAAAGGAGGAGAACUUUGUAGCAUCUAUCGAAUUGUGGAACAAGCACCAGGAAGUGAAAAAGCAAAAAGCUUUGGAAAAACAGAGGCCGGAAGUAAUCAAACCCACCUUUGACCUUGGUGAGACAGAGGAGAAGACGCCCCAAGUCAGCGCAGACAGUGGUGUGAGCCUGACAUCUGGUCCCCAGAGGACUGCUCCAGAUUCUGUCAUUGGUGUGAGUCCAGCCGUUAUGAUCCGAAGCUCAAGUCAGGACUCUGAAGUUAGCACCGUGGUAGGGGAACACCACGCUGGCAUCUUGGUGAGUAAUAGCUCUGGAGAGACCCUUGGAGCGGACAGUGACCUGAGCAGCAAUGCAGGUGAUGGACCAGGCGGUGAGGGCAGCACCCACUUGGCAGGCUCUAGAGGCACUUUGUCUGAUAGUGAAAUUGAAACCAACUCUGCCACCAGUGCCAUCUUUGGUAAAGCCCACAGCUUGAAGCCAAGUGUAAAGGAGAAGCUGGUGGGCAGCCCAGUUCGCUUUUCUGAAGAUGUAAGCCAGCGAGUCUAUCUCUACGAGGGACUCCUAGGAAGGGACAAAGGAUCGAUGUGGGACCAGUUAGAGGAUGCUGCUAUGGAGACCUUUUCUAUAAGCAAAGAGCGUUCUACUUUAUGGGACCAAAUGCAGUUCUGGGAAGAUGCGUUCUUAGAUGCUGUGAUGUUGGAGAGAGAAGGGAUGGGUAUGGACCAGGGUCCCCAGGAAAUGAUAGACAGGUACCUGUCCCUAGGAGAACAUGACCGGAAGCGCCUAGAGGAUGAUGAAGAUCGUUUGCUGGCCACGCUCUUGCACAACCUCAUCUCCUACAUGCUGCUGAUGAAGGUAAAUAAGAAUGAUAUCCGGAAGAAGGUGAGGCGCCUGAUGGGAAAGUCGCAUAUUGGGCUUGUGUACAGCCAGCAAAUCAACGAAGUGCUUGACCAGCUGGCAAACCUGAACGGACGAGAUCUCUCUAUCCGGUCCAGUGGCAGCCGGCACAUGAAGAAGCAGACAUUUGUGGUACAUGCGGGGACAGACACAAAUGGAGAUAUCUUUUUCAUGGAGGUAGGUGCUGGUUCAUGCUAGGGGCCCAAAGCAAUAUUUGAGAGUCACAAGGAACUCCUUGAACUGAUGCCAGAAUAUUUUUCCCCACUUAUCUCAUUCAUCUUCAUGAUCCAUUUAUC